GUACCAAUAUGAGCACACGGGCAACGUUAGGAAGCGUGCUUAGCUUAGCUAGGUGGAUUAACAAUGCAUUAUGCAAGAACGCCAUGGACCGACCCGGUUGCUUGCUUGGUAGCCGGCCGGUGUCAUCCAGAGCAUGCACCAGCCCCACCUCCAGUCUCCAGAUCUCCUCGUCAAUAACUAAUAAACCAGUCGAGCUAGCUUUGCUCAUAAAAGCUACUACUCGUGUCGUUUAUUUUGGUGUCCACUGCAGUCUUCUCGAUUACGCGUCCUCCUCCUCCUCCCUGAUCUCCUUGUCGCGGCCAUUGCUCCAACCUCGCCAAGACCACCCAGAGGCAGCUAGCCAUGGCAGCUCCGCCAGGUUGCCCACGGACGCCGCGCAUGGCCGGCCACCAAGAUGGUCAGACGAUGGCUGCACCUAGCAGACUUAGAAGGCAGAAUUCAGAGAUCCUUCGUGCUCAGUACAUUGACGUUAGAGAGCUCAGGAUCUGUGCAGGAACAUGGAAUGUUGGAACCAAAUGUCCACCCAGUGACUUGGAUAUUCACGAAUGGUUGGAUAUAGAUGAGCCAGCUGAUAUUUAUGUUAUUGGAUUUCAAGAAAUUAUUUCACUAGGUGUCGGGUAUAUGAUUGGUACUGAAGACAAUCGUCCAGUUGCAGUAUGGGAGCAUAUAAUCCAUGAAACUUUGAAUAAGAUGUGCCCAGAUAAAUCAGAGUUUAAAUGCCAUAGUGACUCUCCUCCACCAGCAAGGUUUAUUCCACCAGAUUGUGUUAUUGCAAUGGAUAGUGAAUUGCUUAGUGAGUCUAAUAAUGAUAGUGAUGAGGAACUUCAUCUGCUGGACAGUUCAAAAUCAUCUACUUCAGCUCGCUGUCUUCAGCCAUUGGAUUUAGCCUGUGAUGUUAAUAUUGAUAAUAGAGUUAAAAGGAAAAGACCGCAGUAUGUACAGUUAAUAAGCAGGCAAAUGGUAGGACUAUUUCUUUCGGUAUGGGUUCGGAGAAGCCUGCAGAAGCACAUUCAGAAUUUGAGAGUAUCAAUUGUAGAUGUACUCCUAGGUAACAAGGCAAGUGACAACUCUGAUGAUAUUUUGUUUUAUUACUCAUGCAGCUCUAUAUUUCAAUUGUAUCAUACUUGGGAACUUAGAGAGUUGCCUGUCAAAUUACAUGGUGCUGACACUCUGCUUACCAGUGUAAUCAUCAUGGCUAUUCUUCAGGGAUCAAUAUCAGUCAGCAUGUCUAUACAUGAUACUCAUUUUUGCUUUGUAUGUUGCCACCUGACCUCUGGUGAGAAAACUGGAGACGAACUAAAGAGAAAUGCAAAUGCUGAGAAAAUUCUUAGAAAAACAGUGUUUAACCCAGUUGGUAGAGUAGGCGUGCCCCAAAGAAUACAUGACCACGAAAGGAUUAUAUUGUUAGGGGAUCUCAACUAUCGCCUCAACUUAUCAUAUGAAAUGACACACAAACUUAUCUCCAAACAGGACUGGGAUGGAUUGUUUGAGAAGGAUCAGCUGAAAAGAGAACUGGGGAAAGGAUGCACAUUCGACGGUUGGAUUGAAGGGUCUAUCAGCUUUGCCCCAACAUAUAAAUAUGAGUUUAAUUCAAAAAAAUAUGUAAGUGAUGCUUCAAAAUCUGGGAGAAGAACACCUGCAUGGUGUGACCGCAUUCUCUCAUAUGGGAAGGGAACCAGGCUACUUUCCUACAAGAGGGCGGAGCUUACGCUUUCUGAUCACCGCCCUGUGACCGCAUUCUACAUAUCAGAAGUUGAAGUUUUAGUCCACAGAAAGUUUCAAAGAGCUCUAAAAUUCACAAAUGCAGAGGUUGAGGAUAACCUAUUACUGGGGAAGGAAGCAAUUCUAAAACCAUUGAGCUGUGAGACAGGCAAUGCAAUGACAAAUUGGAUCUAAGAAUCUGUCUGAGGAGGUUCCAUUGCAUGACAUAUCCAUUAGCCUGUUUAUGACUUCACAGGUUCACAUAUCCAUUUAUAAUCUUUGCUACAUUCUUAUUUGACCAAGAACAUCAUGCAAUGUGCUUUUAUAAGGGGAGUGGUGGCCAUGAAACCAUGAUUAUGGACCCUUGUCAUUUUAUCAAGCCAUAGCAUACUUUCUAGUAUGAUGGCAUUGGUUAGAACAAAUAGUCAUGAAAGAUUGAUCAAAGUCA